AUGUCGAACGGCACUACUUUUCUCGUCACCCCACCUUAUGCACUUCAGGAUAUACCGGUGCCGCAAUCUUCAUGUUUCUCAAUGCGGAAGCGUGUCUUUCCACAUCUCGAUUUGGAUCAUCUACCGGAAUCGUUAGAACUUGGGUGGAAGGAUGGGUUAUCUCUCGGUGUCUACCAUAUCAACACCGCGUGUGUGCGACGCGAGUCCGCUGAAGAUAUGGAUCGUCGCAUCUAG